AUGGGUCACAAUCAUAAUAAUAACAUAGAUGAUGCUAAUGCUGCAGUAUCAGAACACAAUGAACAUAGUCAAUCAACUCAAGACGUUACAAUGAGAGAUUCAGGUGCAUCUAAUGUAAAUCUGAAUUCUCAACCUUCAGCUAUGAAUAUUGAUUCACAAAAUAAUGAUGAUGAUCAUAAUAAUGAAGAUUCAAUUCAACAUGAAGAAGACGUGUCAUCAAGACCUCAAACAAGACCAAGAAGGAGAUCAACUAUAAUUUUAACUGAUGAUCCUGAAUUUGAAAAAUUGAAAAGUAAAAGAGAAGAUUAUAAUUUAACUCCAGAUUUAACUAAUGAAGAAUCAAUUUCUAAAUUAGAAGAUCAUAAUAAUUCACAAGAUUCUCAACAUAAUAAUAAUACUGUUCCUUUUGAAAUUGAAUGGGUUCAAGGUGGUGAAAAUGUUUUCAUUACUGGGUCUUUUACAGGUUGGAGAAAAAUGAUUAAAUUAACAAAAGAUGAUCCAAAUUCAAAUAGAUUUUCAAUAACUUUAAAAUUACCAAUAGGAACUCAUCGUUUUAGAUUUGUUGUUGAUAAUGAACUGCAAUUUUCUGAUCAUUUACCAACAGCCACUGAUCAUAUGGGUAAUUUUGUUAAUUAUAUUGAAAUUCAACAACCUGAUAUUCAAAUGAGUCAUGAUGGUUCAACUAAUGAUGAUUUAUUAAACAAUAAUAAUAAUAAUAAACAACAACAACAAACUGAAAAAGAACAAGAACAAGAAGUUCAAGAUCAACAUCAACAAUAUAAUCAAAAACCAAAACAUUCAUUUGAUCAAUUAUCUUCAAAUGAAAAAGAACGUAAAGAUUCUAAUUUAGGUUUAACAAAUGAUGAUGAUGAUAUGGGUAAUGGUUAUUCAAGAUUUCAUGAAGAAGCUUCAUUAAAACCAAAAUUAAAUUAUGUUAGUGAUAUUCCUGCAGUUUUCACAGAUCCUUCAGUUAUGGAACAAUAUUAUUUAACUUUAGAUAAUAAUGCUCAAAAUAAUCAAAAUCAAGCUUGGUUAACACCACCUCAAUUACCUCCACAUUUAGAAAGUGUUAUUUUAAAUCAAUUCUCAACACAGGAUAAAAGUAAUUCAAGUGGUGCUUUACCAAUUCCAAAUCAUGUUGUUUUAAAUCAUUUAGCAACAACUAGUAUAAAACAUAAUACACUUGCUGUUGCUAGUGUUGUUAGAUAUAAAAGAAAAUAUGCUACUCAAGUGCUAUAUGCACCACUUCAAUGA